UUAGAAAUAUUUUCACGCCACGACGCUGCCAUCAGUCAACGAAACCCGGAAUCAACAGUUUCCGGUCGUCGGUUUCCGCCUGUUACGGAUUGUGCCGUGCUGAUCUUCGCCGCCGCUACCGGUGAAUUCGAGACUGUUCGAGGCUAUGGAUGGCAUCCUGACACCGACCGGUCCCACCGAAAAGCCCCUGCAUCUGCCCCUGGAGGACGUAAACAAAAUCGGUUGAACAAAAACGGAAACCGGUGUCGUCUUCGUCUUCUCCUCGGCCAACCUGACCGCUGAUGUUAAGUCCGUCGAAAUGCACCAGGAAGCCUUGCCGGAGGCCGUGCCCGUCAAGGAAACUGCGUAGUGGAUUCGUCGCCGAUGACUCAGAGAACUUACCGCCCAGGUCAUCGUGAUUUAUCACCCCGGUCAGAUCUCCAACGGAUACACCCUAGUGUAGAUUGCCACAUCAAGAAUCAAGGAGAAGGUCUUUCGUCGUUCCGGGAAGUCCACAGAGGAUCAUCCAUAGUUCAUCAAGUCUGGUGAUGGCGCUAUUUUCUUCCUGGUCCCACCUAAGCCUCUGUGCGUGGUAGCCAAAAAGGCCACCACAAAACAUUCGGUACUAGCGACCACGAGGACAGAUCCCUUGAGUUAACCAAAAGUCGAUUUCCGGUUAUGCCCAGCGGGUUCUUGCGACAAUUCAGCUAUUGUCAAAGAAGUCACUUGCUUUCCCCACGACACGAAAAAGCAAAAAAAAAAGCCGACGCGAUAAAAAAAACAACAGCUGUUAAAAAAGUGGACGUCGAGAUGGGCUGUGGCCCGAAUCGCUCGAUAAAUCCUGGCACCGUGUGGCUGGCGGAUCGGGACAUGCCCUUUUUUCGCACCCAUGAAACUCUCAGUUGCACUAGUGCUGGAGGCCGCCACCGUCUGCUACGCUAGUUCCGAGGGCAAGCUGAAGAUCGGCGUGAAAAAGAGGGUGGAAAACAGCACUGUCCGGACGAAAAAGGGCGACCUGGUGCAUAUGCACUACACGGGUACGUUGGAGGACGAAACCAAGUUCAACAGUAGCACCCCGCGGGGGCAGCCGCUUUCGUUUACGCUAGGGAUGGGUCAGGUUAUUAAAGGUUGGGGUCUGCUGACCAUGUGCGAGGGUGAGAAACGGAUACUGGUUAUUCCGCCGGAGCUGGGUUAUGGGGAGCGUGGUGCUGGGGACAAGAUUCCUCCGAACUCGGUGCUGAUCUUCGAGGUGGAGCUGAGUUGUGGAGAGAGUAAUACGUCAAGCCAUUGCCGCAAAAUCCAGUGAAGUGCAAGCACACCGAAACCGUAGUCACCAAGAUCGAAAAGAAAAUCUCUAAGAAGAGUCGUUGUAUUAUCCGGUUGCAUUCCGUCUAGGGGAAGAAAUCAUCGUGGGACUGGAGGGGGUCAUCUGAAGCAAUCGCUCCGAUCUUUUUUAAUUUUGCCAGAGACUAAUUAAA